UCGGCCAGAGAACAGAAAUAUGCUGAAACACGAGAAACCCUGACGACGGCUAAACGUUAUUGUCAUCUGUCCUGUGAUUUGUUAGACAUCAUAGUGUUCUUGUAAACAUUCCGGAAACCGUCUUGGAAAAAAUUCCUGCUCGGCGAGCGUCAAAAGCGCUAGUCUCUGGGAAGUGCUGUUUGUGUUUGUUUAGCUGUGCUAGCUGUGUAGACAUACUGUCACUGAGUUAGUUACAUUGAGCUACUAACGUUAGCUGCAGUUAGGCUCUUAAUGUGCAAUAUUUGCGAAUGGAUUAUUGUGUUGUAGUCCUUUUUUUCUCUUGGGAGAAGUUUCUGGUUCAUUGGCUUGCUGGUUAAUGUCUAUAGCUGUUCACUACGUUUUGAGGACUUUGGCAACAUGAAUUCAGCUAUGAAGUCUUAUCUGGUCCUGAUUGUGGCUUUAGCUGUGACUUUGGAAGUGACAGCUGGUGAUGUACCCUCAGAUGAUGGAGUUGGUGACGGUGGGGAUUCUCAGAGCACUGCUGAAAAUGAAGCCCCCAAUAUUGUGACGGGACAUGCAUAUGUACCUAAAGAUGCCCAGACUGACAGCAGUACAACAGACACUGAUAUGGAGAGCAAAGUUGAGGAGAUUGAAAAGGAAGACCUUCCAAGUCAGCCACCUCCACCACAGGAGCGCCGUAAAGAAAUUCCGGUGGUGAAUGGUGGAACGGCCUCUGGGGAGCCCUGCAUAUUCCCUUUUCUUUUCCAAGGGAAAGAGUAUUCAGACUGCACUACUGAAGGCAGAGGAGAUGGGAGACUGUGGUGUGCCACAACGUAUGACUACAAUAACGAUAAGAGAUGGGGCUUCUGUGAAACGGAGGAGCAGGCAGAGCAGAGGAGGAUGGCGGAAGAGGCUGAAGAACAGUACCAAGCCACAGUUAGGAUGAUUAAUGGCACCAACCGAAGGAGCCAGAAGAAAGAAUUGUUUGACAAACUCCUGCAGGUCGCAGAGAUGGGUCAUACCAAGGCCAUGGAGAAGGUAGCAUAUGCCAUGCUGUUUGGAGACUACUUACCCCAGAACAUUCCUCAGGCGAAGGAGAUGUUUGAGAAGUUGGCACUGGAGGGCUCGCCAAAAGCCCAGACUGCACUUGGAUUCCUGUAUGCUGCAGGAUUAGGUGUGAACUCAAGUCAAGCAAAGGCGUUGGUGUACUACACCUUUGGAGCUUUGGGUGGAAACCUAGUGGCACAUAUGAUUCUGGGCUACAGAUAUUGGGGAGGUGUUGGAGUUCCUCAGAGCUGUGAAUCUGCUCUCACUCACUACAGGCUAGUGGCCAAUCACGUGGCCAGCGACGUGUCUCUGACAGGGGGCAGUGCAGUACAGCGGAUCCGGCUCUUAGAUGAAGUGGAAAAUCCUGGUUCUAGCAGUGGAAUGCUAGAAGAGGACUUAAUCCAGUACUACCAGUUCUUGGCUGAGAAAGGAGAUGUGCAGGCACAGGUUGGUCUGGGUCAGUUACACCUGCAUGGAGGACGAGGUGUAGAGCAAAAUCAUCAGCGGGCAUACGAGUACUUCAAUCAGGCUGCGAACGCAGGGAACACACAUGCUAUGGCAUUCCUUGGAAAGAUGUACUCUGAAGGCAGUGAGUAUGUGCCUCAGAACAACGAGACAGCACUGCAUUAUUUCAAGAAGGCUGCAGACUUGGGUAAUCCAGUUGGCCAGAGUGGCCUCGGUAUGGCUUACCUGUAUGGAAGGGGUGUCCCUGUGAACUAUGACCUGGCCUUGAAGUAUUUCCAGAAAGCAGCAGAGCAAGGAUGGGUGGAUGGACAGCUACAGCUGGGAACCAUGUACUACAAUGGCAUUGGAGUGAAGCGUGAUUAUAAGCAGGCCCUUAAAUUCUUCAACCUGGCAUCGCAAGCGGGUCACAUCCUGGCCUUUUAUAACCUUGCACAAAUGCACGCAACAGGGACAGGGGUCAUGCGCUCCUGUCACACUGCAGUGGAGCUCUUCAAGAAUGUGUGCGAGCGCGGCCGCUGGUCUGAGAGACUCAUGGCAGCUUACAGAAGCUUUAAGGAGGGUGAUAUGGAUUCUGCUCUAAUACAGUAUCUCCUGCUGGCUGAACAGGGCUAUGAGGUUGCACAGAGCAAUGUGGCCUUCGUCCUUGAUCAAAAGGGGUCGCAGAUCUUCAAUGAAAAUGAAACGUACCCACGGGCUUUGCUUCACUGGACCAGAGCAGCUGCUCAAGGUUACACCGUGGCCAGAAUCAAGCUGGGCGACUACCAUUUCUAUGGCUAUGGUACUGAUGUGGACUAUGAGACUGCAGUGAUUCACUAUCGGCUGGCCUCUGAGCAACAGCACAGUGCACAGGCUAUGUUCAACCUGGGUUAUAUGCAUGAGAAGGGCCUUGGGAUCAAACAGGACAUUCAUCUGGCUAAACGUUUCUAUGACAUGGCUGCAGAAGCCAGUCCUGAUGCCCAAGUUCCUGUGUUCCUGGCCCUGUGCAAGCUGGGCCUUGUUUAUGCACUACAGUACUUGCAGGAUCUCAAUCUGAAGGAGGUUUUGUCUCAGGUGGAUCUCGACCAGUUGCUUGGUCCAGAGUGGGAUCUCUACCUAAUGACUGUCAUUGCUCUGCUUUUGGGCACAGUAAUCGCAUAUCGGCAGCGACAGCACCAGGUUGUACCCAGAGCCCCAGCAGCACCCAAUAGACCUCCAGCCCAGCCAGAGCAGCCUGCCGAAGAACCUGAAGAACAAUGAGAGCAAGGGAUCAGGGUGGAGGUGACCAAACUGGACUAGGCUUAUGAGAGAGCGGUUUGAGGCCCAGUAGUGUCUCUCCUUUUUUGGGACAACCGCUGAAAAUUACACCCUGCUCUGGUCUUUAACCCUGCAAACCAUCAAAGAGCUUUCAGGACUCUUGUUGCCCUGUUCAACCCCCUCCAGUCUUUUAACUGUGGCAUGGGGAAAAACUUUUACGAAAUCUUAAAUGUGCGCCUCAGGGUUUUGCCAGGUGAAAUAACAUUUGUGCAAAUCAACGCUCACUAUGUGGUGGGAAAGACAACAUUGCUGAAUGAACUCUCUGCUUUUUUUGUUUGCCACUGUGCUAAAAGCCAAGGAACUUGUUUUUUGUGCAACCCAUUCAGGAUGUUUUUUUUUGUGUUGUUUUUGGUAGUGUUAAAUUUGAUCACCAUGCCUCUUUGAGAUGUAAGGUGGGUUUCGCUUUGAAUUUGAAAUGUAAAAAGUUCACACUUUAAGCAUGCUUUGCAUUCAGUGGAUAAUAUUGGAUAUUUUUGCUUUUUUCAGUCCAGAAAUUAUUUAUAAUGUCAGUAUUUUUGGCAUAAGUAGUUUUCACCGACACACAGAUGUAAAUUUCACUGUCUUGAAGAAAACAUGCAUAAUUACAAAUGAAUAAAUGACAUGGUAGGUAAUCUAAGGUCAGCACUCCUUCACAAGACUUUUUAUUGCCACAAUGCUCACCCUGCCAAAUCAAUGUGGCGACUGCUGCCCUACACUUCCUUUUAAUGUUACAAAUACAUCUGUUGGGUGAUUCCAGUAAAGACUGAAAGCAAUUAUGACUAUUGUCAGGUAUGUUUCAAAAUGCUGAGCCUCAAACCUCAUUCUUCGGCAGUCAUCUUUUAAAAAUAUCCAAAAUGGGGUAUAAAUUCCUCAGCAUACAUUAUUUUAUUUUAAUUGUUGAAUGGGUUGCUUAGGCUGUAAUGCUUAGUUUUCUGUAUUACAAGACACCUUUUUGCUUUUUUGUUUUAAGAUCAAGACACUGAAAGUCCUCCAGAACUAUUUUUGAUGAUCAUCAUGUAAGGUUUGUGACUUCUAACAUCCUGGAGCUGAAUCAUGUGCUUUGGGAUGUUUCUGUUUGUGCUGAAUUUCAGUUUUAGCUCCUUUUCCAGAGCAAAAAUGGUGCAUCAUUUAAAUUGUGAGCAUGUGUAGAAUAUUUGAUCAUUUGACGAUGUGUCUGUCGUGUCAGGUAAUAUAGCAAUACCACAAAGUUUGGUGUUUAACAAAAAUCUGUAAAGUAUGUGAAUGGGAUGUGUUUCAUGCAAAGUUGCACCAGAGCAUCAGGCAGUCUGCUCAAUUCUCACGAUUCAACAGCGAUUUGAAAGUCUUACAUUCUUCUAUGUCAAUCAGACUGCUUCUAAUACUGAAAUAACAAUGGAUGAGUCUAAAAUAAGGAGAAAUUAUUACAUUUUCAAAUAGCAAAGUUUCUAAAAACAAAUAAAACGAACAACGGAUUCAA